AUGGCCAACCCCGUCGGCGAAGACGCCUGGCUUGCCUACAUCCAGGAGCAUGCCCGGGUCGCCUCCAAUCUCGAACAGCGGGUCGAUGUUGUCGAACUGUACAAGCGCGCCGUCGGUGACGAGCCCGGGAGCAUGCGCCUGUGGCUGGCCUAUUGCAACUAUUUCUGGCAGCUGUGGGAAAGCAGCAACUCAGGCGACGCCGGUUGGUCUGAAGAAGAACAAACGUUGGGUCGAGAGGUCUUCUCUUUCGGGGCCGCUCUGGACCUGUGGCAGCAAGGCUAUGAGGCUGUACAAUACAGGCUCAGCGACAGCCAUGAGCUGUGGAAUGUCUGGCUGUCAUUCGAGAUGGAACAGUUCGUCAAGAGCAAGACUCCAGAGGGCCUUCGUCGUAUCACCCACCUUUAUCGGCAGCGCUUAGCUACGCCGCAUUUGACCUGGGACGAAACGUCACAAGCAUUUUCAAGCUUCUUGUCGGAGUACAAUCAACAGGAAUGGGAAAGAACCAUGCAGGAUACCACUGCCAGUGCCCAAGUUGCGAAAAAAGCUAUUCAAGUCCGCGAUCCCUUCGAACUCAAACUCAGACAAGCCCAGCUCAACGGCGACGUCGAAGCAGAAAAGGCCCAACUGCGAGAAUAUCUUGAUUGGGAGGUGCGUGGGAUAAAGAGGCAGCAGGACGGUGCCCAAUUAACUCGAAAUAUUUGCUCUGGAUUAUUUGAUAGAGCGCUGACCGGCCUCUUCGCGAAUGACGAGGACACUUGGCAUGACUACCUUGUAUUUAUCUCCUCGUCAAUGUCUGACUUCCAGUCUUCGGCUGAUCGUUUGCUCGAUGCGUCGCGCAGGUCCGUCCUUCAUUGUCCGUGGUCGGGGGGGCUUUGGAGCAGAUACAUUCUGUGCGCCGAGGAGGCAAACCUGGCUUUUUCGGACAUAGAGUCUAUCAAGCACGCUGCGACAAGUGAAAACCAACUGUACAAGAACGGUAUGACGAGCAUGAUUGAAAUGUAUGGUGCAUGGUGCGCGUUCCUGAAGCGAACGGCACUCGAGCCGGCCGCAUCCGAUGAGGCUGCGGAUGUCGCAGAGGUUGGAUUGAGAGCUGCCAUUGAAGAUGUCGAGGUCACAGGGAGGAGGCUCUAUGGCAAGAAAUUCCAGGGCGACCCGAAGUAUCGAUUGGAGCACCUCUACAUUCAAUACCUGACCGAGAAGAAGGGUGCUGUUGAAGAUGCUAGGGCGCAGUGGAAAAGGCUUGCGCAGAGAAGGGUCCACGCCGACAGCUACGACUUUUGGUUCAACUACUACAUGUGGGAGAUGCUCGUAUUUUCCUCCAAGCAGAACAACGAGGAGGAGUCGUCACCACACAAGGGCCUGCAUAUCCCCACGACGGCAACCGCAGUGCUACGUUCUGCCGCAACCCGCAAAACCAUCGACUGGCCGGAGAGAGUACUCGAAAUGUAUCAGCAACAUUGCAAUAAUUAUGAGCUGCCAUCCUUGGUGCGUCAAGCGGACGACUUUGUCAAUGAGACACGAAAGAUUCUCGCAUAUCGCCGAAGAAAACAGGAGGAGCAGCAAGCUGCGCAACUCGCUGCUUACUACGAGACCCAGGCUCAGGUGCAAGGUGUGCAAGCCAACGAAGCGUCCGUGGCCACUGUGAAUACUUCAUCGCCGCCGAGCGGACCUAAGAGGAAGCGCGAAUCCCUCACAGGCAUCCAAGAAGACCACGCAGAGAAUGCGACUAAACGCCAAAAAGACGGCGACGAAAUCUCCGACGCCGCCGGACCGCCCCCCAAGAGAGAUAGAGAACAUUCAACAAUCAUCGUCACCCACCUGCCAGCUGACGCUACCCAGACUGCAGUUCGCAAUUACUUCAAGCGCUAUGGACACAUCAAGAACAUAACCGCCUUCAUCAAAGAAGACAAUGGUGAAUCCACCACGGCUCUGAUCGAAUUCGGUUCGACAGAGGAAGCACAGUCCGCCCUUUUGAGAGACGCCAAGUACUUUGGCGAGUCUCAAAUCACCGUCCAACCGGGCCACGACCUCACAGUCUACGUCGCCAACUACCCCCCCGCAGCCGACGACACUUUCAUCCGCGACCUAUUCAAGGACUGCGGUGACAUCCUGAGCAUUCGCCGGCCAAGCCUCAAGGUCAACACGCAUCGCAGAUUCUGCUAUGUGUCGUUCCGCGACAGAGACGCCGCUGCUAAAGCUGUUGCCAAAGAAGGAAAGCUUCUAGAAGGCAAGUAUCGCCUUUUGGCGAGGUACUCCGACCCUAACCGCAAAAAGCACCGCGAGGGCGCCGUUGCAGAAGGCCGUGAAGUCCACAUCAGCAACUUGGAUCCGUCAACCACAGAAGCCGACAUGCGCUCUGUAUUUGGGAAAUUCGGAACCGUGAGGCGGGUGAAUAUCCCGCUGAGCAUGACAGGAAAGAAUCGCGGCUUCGCCUUCUUGGAAUUUGAAUCCAAGGACCAGGCUGAAAAGGCAGUCGCGGAACUGAACAACACCAAGUUCAAGGCUCGGAUUCUGAGAGUCGAAAUCUCAACGGAGAGCAAAGUGAAGCCAUCUGCCAAAACAGACUUCCAGCGCACGUCAGCCUCUCCCGCCCCGUCUUCAUUGAACAACGCUCAGGGCGACCAAGCAAUGGGCGACGCCAUGGUGGACGAUUCUCCCAAGCCAUCGUCUUCAGAAAUAGCCGCCAAAACCAUUGCUCUCAUGGGCCUUCCCGACACCGUAAACGAUGCGCGCGUCAAGGCUCUCGUCGAGCCUCUGGGCGCCAUUGUCAAGCUUGUCCACCAGCCCGGCCAUGGGGGCGCCAUCAUCGAAUUUGCUGACGCUGCUUCCGCCGGCAAAGCGGCGCUGCAACUCAGCAACAUGGAGUAUGAAGGGCACAAGCUUCGUGCAGGAUCGCCCGACGAACUGCGCAAGAACAGGCCCGAUAAUAAGCCUGCACAGCUAAGCAAGCCGAAGGGACUUAUGGCUCCGCCGCAGGCUGCGAGACGGGCCUUUGGUAGGACCGGUCCAAAAAAGGGACUGGCGUUUGCGCCGAGGUCUGUGGCUGCCACGGCGUCCAAACCUGCUGACAAGGAAGCUGGGCCAAAGAGUAAUGCUGACUUUAAAGCUAUGUUUCUGGCGGGUAACAAGGAGGACGAGAAAGAAUGA